CAAUAAUCGAAGUGAAAGUAACUUUGCAUUCGAUUAAGCCAGUGCAUCUCGAUAGUGACUUGAUUAGCGGCCGUCUGACAGGCCAGCCAGGCCAUUUAAGUGUACUGUCGGGUGUAGUCUUUCAGGGAUGCGUCUUGCCUGAAGAACUCAAUAAAAUGCGCAUUUGUGAGUGAAUAUGACCGAAACGCGUCGACCCUCGAAUAGCUCCUCCUUGGCUGGCGACCUGCCUGGCAGCAUGCCAUCGCCUCUCCCAAAAACAGACAUCGAAGCAGGAAGCAAGCUUCCCAAUGGACCAUCACCGGUCAGAGAUGACCCCAAAGAACCGAACACCUCGACCGCAGCAGCUACUGCAGCAGAGCCCAUGCCUGAGAAUAAACUUGCACGAGAGGAGGAGGAAGAGGAAGAAGAACGCUUUACAAGCGUAACUUAUUUAGACAUUCUCAAGCACUGGAGCGUUAUGGGAUACAUAGGUUUUGGCGGACCAGCAGCGCACAUAGGCUUGUUCCAGCGCUUCUUUGUGGAGCGGUACCGCUGGAUGUCCACACAGGUGUUCACAGAGCUGUUUGCGCUGGGUCAGUGUCUGCCCGGCCCCACCUCCACCCAGGUGUCAUUCGCCAUCGGCACCGUCAAGAAGGGAGUGCUAGGCGGCCUCCUCUCCGGCGCCCUGUUCCAGUACCCGGGAGCUGUGGUGAUGACGGUGGUGGGGGCGGGUGCGGCGCACUGGCUGACCGACCCGCCCGGCUGGCUGGCGGGUAUCGUGGCGGGGCUGGGGGCGGUGGGGGUGGCGCUGGUGGCGGCGGCGGCGAAGGGGCUGCUAGUGAAGAUGUGCAACACCAAGGUCACGGCCAUCAUCGGCAGCCUGUCCGCGGGUGCCGCCAUCUACUGGUCCGAGCCCUGGCUGUUCCCGCUGCUGAUUGCGUUGGGGUUCAUCGUCACCAACAUCACGGAGAGGAAGAUGGACAAGCGGCUCAAGGGCUCCGACGGCGGUGUGGAAUCACUGGGCCUGGGUCUGCUGGGCGGCGGGUUGUUGAUCGGCGCCUGGCUGGUGGUGCUGGGGGUGGUGCUGGGGCUAGCGCGUAGCGGGCGGUACAAGGGGGAGGACGGGCCGCUCAACUGGUUCGAGGUGUUCUUCAGGAUUGGCAGCAUCAUCUACGGAGGAGGGCAGGUGGUGCUGCCCAUGCUGCUCACCGAUGUAGUGAAGAAGGACGAGCAGGGUGUCGAGCUGCCGAACACAUGGGUCACCGAGAAGCAGUUUUAUGCGGGGUUGGGUGCCGUACAAGCCAUACCGGGGCCGCUCUUCAACUUCUCCGCCUACCUGGGAUGCAUCAUGGCCCUGAAGUUCAAUUAUCCCUUCAUACUGGGUGCCGUACUGGCCUGGUUCGGGCUGUUCGCCCCGGGCGUGAUGCUCAUGUUCGGAGUGUUGCCGUACUGGAAGAGGUUCAGGACAUGGCAGGUGUACCGACGAGGUCUGAGCGGCAUGAACGCUGUGGGUGUGGGCCUUAUCCUGGCCUCCGUCUUCCGCAUGACGCUGGACGUGUACCGCAUCAGCCCCUUUCCCACGGCGUCGCUGUGCAUCGGGCUGUUUGCAUUUACAGCUGUCGACGAGUUGCAGAUCUUUGAGCCCAUAGUGGUGCUAGGUGGGGCGCUGCUGGGGCUGCUGGCGUGGGGGGCCAAACUGGACUAGCAUGGGAAGUAAGGAGGCGGGAGGGAAAGGGAGAAGGGGGACUUCAAUGCGCCACAUAUCCGUGCGUUACCGGUAUGUAAAGGUUGGAGGGCGGAUGAGCGAAGAGAGUUGAGAUGUGGGUGGCUGAGUGGUGACAUCCGGGUGUGGCGACCCACGUGCAGGUGUUUGGGGGCACGCGCGUCGUAAGGGGCGGGUAUUAGGUCCAGGGUGCGUGAGGCAGCGUGACUGAUAGGUGUGAGCUCACGUGGAACACGCACGCGCCUGUGUUCGCGUGUCACUACCACCACCUGCACCAUGUGCCUCGCUCGUGUUUGGCAACUGCUCGGCACACACCAUGGGCGUGUAUUCGCGUGUGUCUCUCGCCGUGCAAUGCUGUGCUCGUGUUGUGGAGUGGAAGGAGGAAAGGAAUGAAGAAGGAAGGAGAGGCAGGGAAGCAUUUUGACACUUAUGUAGCGGUUGGGGCUUGGAAAGUGAGGUAUGAGGAAACGUGGGAUCACGUAGCAAGGAAUGGCAGGCAAGUAAGGAAUGAAAGGCAAAAUAUUGAGCGUCGUAUAUAUUGUGCCGAAUCUCAUCCUCGUAUCCAGUUAUGUCGUAACAAACUUGAACUCGCGUCGUCACUUGUUUUCUGUUGGACAGGGUGCUAAUGUAUGGCCAGAC